AUGCCCCUCCCAAAAAGCGGGCCAAUCCAUUUCGGCCACUUCCUUGUCACCCCGCAGGUCUUCCACACAACCCCUCUCAGCAUCGCCCUCGUAAACCUGAAACCUAUCCUGCCAGGCCACGUCCUGGUCUCCCCGCGCCGCGUCGUCCCCCGCGUCUCCGAUCUGACACCCCCCGAAACAGCAGAUCUAUUCCUCACAGUGCGGCGCGUCGGUCGGAUGCUCGAGCGCGUUUACGGCGCCACAAGUCUCAACAUCGCGAUUCAGGACGGCGCUGAGGCGGGACAGAGCGUGCCGCAUGUUCAUGCGCAUAUCAUUCCGCGGAAGAAGAGGGAUAUGAGUAGUACGGAUGAGGUCUAUGAGAAGUUGGAUGGGGAGGAGGGGGAUCUUACUAGGGGGUUGAAGGGGAGGAGAGAUAACAGGGAGGGGUUGAAGGUUGAUGACGAGGCGAGGGUUGCGAGGGGGAAUGAGGAGAUGGAGGCUGAGGCUGCUAUGCUGGCGAGGGAGAUGGAAAAGGAGCCUGUUGAUUGA